AUGUCAGCUACUCCACACGCCGAGCGGAGGGUAUGGAUGAUCACUGGAACGAGCUCGGGCUUUGGGAAACGACUCGUACCCAUGGUACUCUCGCGCGGUGACUACGUUGUCGCCACAGCGCGCGAUCCCGCAAAAGUCGACUUCCAGCUCUCCGAGACGGAUCGCGCGCGUCUUCAUGUCGUACAAAUGGACUUGACGGACGCCCCUGAGAAGAUUCAGAGUAUCGUGUCCGGGGCUCUUGCGGUCUGGGGUCGUAUAGAUGUGCUGAUCAACAACGCCGGUUGGGCCCCCAAGUCGUUGCUUGAAGAAGCAAGCCCGACUCAUACUCAAUCGGUGUUCCAAACCAACGUCUUCGGCGUGCUCAACACCACCAACGCCGUGUUGCCUCAAAUGCGUUCGCGGCGUACAGGCACGGUUGUAUUCCUCGGGAGUCGGUCCGUUUGGAAAGCGGACACCAUCCUGACCGGACAUUAUCUGGCGAGCAAAGCCGCAAUUCAUGCCUUCGCGGAGACCUACGCAGCAGAGGUGACACCGUUCAAUGUGCGCGUCAUCCUCGCAGUACCAGGCGGCUUCCGCACCGAGAAUAUCCACACUGCGCCUUUGACUAGCGAGAACCACAUUCCCGACUACAACGCGCUGCGGGAGGAGGCGUACGGGGAAUUAACAGAGCGUUGGGUAGCAGCCCCAGGAUGCCCCACGAAGAUCAUGUCGCUCCUCGUGGACGUAGUGACUGGCGAGGGUAAGGCUGCGGAUAGAAAUAGUCCGUUGUAUUUGGUACUGGGAAGGCCUACCUAUGCUGCGGCGAAGGCUUUCCACGAGCGUUUGGGCAAAGAGAUGGACGCGUGGAGGGACGUGGCAGAGAAUUUGGACUUCGACGAUGCUCAGGGGAACAAGUCGCAUAUAAUAUCCACGGAGCUUGUUGGGUUUUUGACUUCAACAUCACUGAGGGUGUUCGUGCCGCGCACGUGA